UUAAAUUUCCUCGGAGUAACACGUAGACAGACUGACGUGUACCACUAUAUAGCUACUAGCAGCGUGUGGAUUUGGUCGAUCGAAAGAACGACGAUGGGCUCAACAUGGUCGGAUGAUUCAAGUGUCCAGGCAGUUGACAAAAAUGUUAAAAGAAUAUUGAAUCAAGGUACGAGCACCGCCGCGCCAGAGAGUACAGCAGUAGGAAGCCAUUUCAAUGGGUGGCGCAUUCCCGUCUUGUCAUUUGCGUCAAAUGAGAUAAAUCUUGAUAUGCGACUUCGCGAGAACAAAUGCAUCGGCGAAUAUGAUAUAUCAACCGCUUUAUGGCAGAAAUCGUGUGGAGUGGUAGACGAGAUCACACGAGCAUUCCAUAAAAUGUUGACGAAAGUAUCCUCCAAGUCAUACCCAUGCCUCGAAUUUGGAGAUUUCGUAAAGCAAGGCAGUUCCCGAGAGGGUUUGAAAAUUCGUCAUCCUGAUGAGUUCGAUAUGAUUCUGCCGUUCACGAUUGCGGGUGUUGAUAUACGCUCUGUUCCAGCCCUUGAUAGCAACGGAGAGCGAAUCCCCGCACUUGUGAAACUCCAAAUACCAGAUUCACAAAUUGAGCAUGUCAUGAGUGACAGCCUGUAUCGGUCGCUAAGAAGUAAAGAAGUCUUUGAACGUGUGGGCUCUGAUUUGUUCAUCAACGCAAUGUAUUUACAGACCUGCGUGAUAUCAUCGAUCAUGGAUUCUACCAUAAAUCAUAUACAGGACGAAAUAAAUGCGGAGACCAUAAAUCAGCCUUGUUCCUUUACUCUCACAAAAGCCAGCGUGUUUCCACCUACGUAUCGAUUCAAGAUAGUAAUCAAAAGCGACGACAACUUUGAUGAACUCUCUUAUGGUCGAACCGUGUUUGGCGGGAUUCAAACUGAAAGCAGGAAUAUUUCCAGAGAUAUGCGUAUGACAGGAUUUGGUCCAACAAACAAAAUGAUUGAGUUUGAUAUUGUGCCAGGAGUGCUCCUUCAAUCUGAUUUUGUUCCUAAUCCAGACAGCUGGAUUCCAAUGACCUGCGAAAGAUACGCCGUGAUGAAGUGGGUCCAUAAAGGACGCUAUGCAGGCAAUUAUCAAGAUCCUAAUCUAUUUUGGAGGGAGAGCUCGUGUGGCUAUGAGAAGCAUAUCAUGGAUGUUUGUCAAAGGGAACAAGAUAGCCGCUACAUCCUCACAGCGUGCAGAAUAAUGAAGGCCUACAUAGACGGCAUGGCUAGCUCAUCACAACUACGUAGUCUGCUGACGUCUUAUCACAUCAAAAACAUCGCAAUCCACUGCAUUCUUUUCCAGAUGCGAGUUUAUGGCGUCAAGGAAGCUCUAGGAUACCUCAUCGGGUUACUGGAGAUAAGCAUUGAAGUUAAGUUUUUGCCACAUUACUUCUAUGGUAAUCCAAAUAUUUCGAAGAUGUUUCCGACUCUUUUUGAAAACGCCUCACAUAAACGUCUCAACCUAUUCAGGGAUAUCCCCACAGACCACUUUGUUCAAGCCAAAUAUUCAUUUCUGUCGAUGCAAGCCGAUCUCCAUGGCUGCUUUACCGAACGUGCCUACCUUGGUAACCAAAAACAUGUCGAUUCCUUCAGAGAACUCUGCACCCUGUAUCCUGCAAAUGACGGAUGUAUAUUGAUGUAAGACGUUCUUAGUUCUGUUCAUGAUACAUCUGGAUAAAGAAUUUGGCGCACGGAAAUUUCGAACAAAAACCUCAUACCGAAGCGAAAUUCAUUGAUGUGUAGAUUUUCAUUAAAGCGAGACUAAGGUUUUUUUUUGUCACUGAUAAAACUAAUUUUCUGGUAUGACAUUAACGUAUUUAUUAAGGCUUUUGUGUCCUCGCCACAGUAGCUGACGUCAUACAAAAUCGGUAUUAACGACGCUAUGAUCAGCCAAGGGCCAUAAUUGAAAUUAC